UUUACUAUAUAUACCAUGGUUGUAAACAGCUAACAUUCAUUUGUGCUCUUAUUAUUUUUAGGACGAGUUUGAUUACAAAGCAUUAAUAUUAUUUUUAAAGUGAAAAUAUAUUAAAACGAGCAACAUGUUGGGCAUCCACAAUUAUGACAGUUCAUCGGAAAGUGAUUCUGAAGCAAACGAAGUCACCAAAAAAGUGACAACUAAAGCACAGACUACUGAUGCAGUCGCACAUUUGAAGCCCGUCGACCCCACUCUGUCCAUUGCUAAAUCCUUCGCCGUUUGCGCAGCUCCUGAAGUUGUGCCGAUGAACGCCGUUGAUGUAACGCGCACAAUUGAUCCUACUGUGAAAGAAGUGACAUAUAAUCCAAAAUUUGAGGAACUAUACGCACCUGUGAAAGGGCCGGAAAAUCCAAACUUAACACAACAAAUGCGAGCGCCGCGCAAUACUCUCUCUGGAUAUGUGGAAAAGGCGCACAUUAAUGCAUUUGAAUUUGAAAAUCAGCGACGCACAUUCCACACUUAUGGUUAUGCAUUGGAUCCCUCAGUCGGCGAAGUUGCAGACGGUCAAGGAUUUGUCGGUGAUUUACAAUCGGCAUAUGAUGAUGAUGGAAAAACUGUGUUUGAAUCACCGAAACUGAAAAGGAAACGUAAACAAGAUAAAAACGACAAUCCAGAAGACAUUGAAGGUUUCGUUGGUCCUUGGGGUAAAUAUCAAGAUGAACAAUCCAUAGCACGUCCAAAUGACCAAGAAAAAGCAGAACUGGAAGAGAUUCUUGCCAAAAGACAUAGGCGCAAUCGCAUUGUUGAAGAUAAGCCAUUGGAGGAAAAAUCUGUUCUUCACAUCAAGGACGCCUACGAUUAUCAAGGUCGUUCUUACUUACAUGCACCACAUGACUUGGGUAUUAACUUGCGUUCAACGUCCGCUCCAAACAAAUGUUUCUUACCAAAAUCACACAUUCACACUUGGACUGGGCACACAAAGGGUAUUUCGUCAAUUCGGUGGUUCCCUCAAACAGCUCACUUACUGCUUUCGGGCUCAAUGGAUUGCCGCGUGAAACUGUGGGAAGUGUUCGGCGAGCGACGUUGCAUUCGUACAUUCUCUGGACAUAGGCAGGCGAUCAAGGACAUAGCUUGGAACAAUAAAGGCACCAAAUUUCUCUCCGCUUCCUAUGAUCGUUAUAUAAAAAUGUGGGAUGCCGAAACUGGUGAGGUUAUAUCACGUUUCACAGCUCGCAAGAUGCCCUUCUGCGUCAAGUUCCAUCCGGACAACAACAAGCAACAUCUCUUCGUUGCUGGCACAUCUGAUAAGAAAAUUAUUUGCUGGGACACACGCAGCGGAGAUAUUGUUCAGGAAUAUGAUCGCCACUUGGGUGCAGUAAACACAAUUACAUUUGUCGAUGAAAAUCGCCGUUUUGUUACUACCUCUGACGACAAAUCGAUGCGUAUUUGGGAAUGGGAUAUACCAGUCGAUAUGAAGUACAUAGCAGAUCCCACCAUGCAUUCCAUGCCGGCAGUGACGCUUGCACCAAAUGGCAAAUGGCUGGCGUGUCAGUCUUUAGAUAAUAAAAUCGUGAUAUUCUCCGCGUUAAACCGUUUUAAAAUGAAUCGUAAGAAGACCUUCAGUGGACAUAUGGUUUCGGGUUACGCCUGUCAGCUAGAUUUUUCGCCCGACAUGAGUUAUUUAGUUAGCGGAGAUGGAGACGGUAAAUGCUAUAUAUGGGACUGGAAGACAACGAAAAUGUACAAGAAAUGGCAGGCGCAUGAGGGUGUGUGUAUAAGCGCAAUGUGGCAUCCGCAUGAAGCAAGCAAAGUAGUAACAGCCGGUUGGGAUGGCCUAAUCAAGUACUGGGAUUAAAUGAAGAUCUUUGCAUAGCAAAAUAUGUUAAGUAGUGCACACCUCACACAGUUGUAAUAGUUUUAUAUUGACUAAUAGAAAUAAAAAUGUAAAAGUAGUUAUAUCUCAUAACUUAAAAUAUA